AAUAUCUGCGGCUAAAAAUCUUAGCCGCCUGUUUCAUACCACCGUUUGAUUACUUUAGCCACCGUUGUUUUACGUCUCUAUAAUUAAGUGGCGGUUUCACUCACCUUACUACUAAUCUCAUAUUUCAAACUGUACUUUUUUCUCUCUCAAAUUUUCUCAAGUGAAACGAGCAACGAUUAUGGACACUAAGAUCGGAUCCAUCGACGCUUGUAACCCGACCCACGACGAUAUCGGCGGUCCUCCAAACGGCGGAGUCUCCACCGUUCAAAACUCAAGUCCACUUCACUCCAUCACCGUCAGCCCCUGCGACGCGACUCUUGGCCGUUACCUAGCAAGACGGUUAGUCGAAAUCGGAGUCACCGACGUCUUCUCAGUUCCUGGUGAUUUCAACCUAACGCUUCUCGAUCACCUCAUCGCUGAACCAAGCCUUAAGCUGAUCGGUUGCUGUAACGAGCUUAACGCCGGAUACGCUGCUGACGGUUACGCUAGAUCUCGCGGCGUUGGUGCGUGCGUCGUUACGUUUACCGUCGGUGGAUUGAGUGUUCUGAAUGCGAUCGCCGGUGCUUAUAGUGAGAAUCUGCCUUUGAUUUGCAUCGUCGGUGGUCCAAACUCCAACGAUUACGGUACCAAUAGGAUUCUUCAUCAUACAAUUGGUUUACCUGAUUUCACUCAAGAGCUUAGGUGUUUUCAAGCUGUUACUUGUUAUCAAGCUGUGAUUAAUAACUUGGAAGAAGCUCAUGAACUCAUCGAUACUGCGAUUUCAACUGCUUUGAAAGAAAGCAAACCUGUUUAUAUCAGUAUCAGCUGUAAUUUGCCGGCGAUUCCUCUUCCGACUUUUAGUCGUCAUCCUGUUCCGUUCAUGCUUACGCCGAAGGUGAGUAAUCAGAUGGGUAUAGAUGCGGCGGUAGAGGCAGCUGCUGAAUUCUUGAACAAAGCUGUGAAGCCAGUUCUUGUUGGUGGGCCGAAAAUGCGGGUUGCGAAAGCCGCAGAUGCUUUUGUUGAGCUUGCUGAUGCUUCUGGUUAUGGUCUUGCUGUGAUGCCUUCUGCUAAAGGACAAGUACCUGAGCAUCACAAGCAUUUUAUAGGGACGUAUUGGGGAGCUGUGAGUACAGCUUUCUGUGCUGAAAUCGUUGAGUCUGCGGAUGCUUAUUUGUUUGCAGGUCCGAUUUUUAACGAUUACAGUUCUGUUGGGUACUCUCUGCUUCUCAAGAAGGAGAAAGCGAUCAUUGUGCAGCCUGAUCGGGUUACUAUUGGAAACGGACCUGCGUUUGGGUGUGUUCUUAUGAAGGAUUUUCUUAGCGAGUUGGCUAAACGAAUUAAGCACAACAACACUUCUUAUGAGAACUACCACAGGAUCUUUGUCCCAGAAGGAAAACCUUUGAGAGAUAACCCGAAUGAGCCUUUGAGGGUUAAUGUGCUGUUCCAACACAUUCAAAAUAUGCUCUCUUCUGAAACUGCUGUACUUGCUGAGACGGGAGAUUCCUGGUUCAAUUGUCAGAAGCUGAAGCUCCCUGAAGGAUGCGGUUACGAAUUCCAAAUGCAGUACGGAUCAAUUGGUUGGUCAGUGGGUGCUACUCUAGGCUAUGCUCAAGCCAUGCCAAACAGGCGUGUCAUUGCUUGUAUUGGAGAUGGUAGUUUUCAGGUAACUGCGCAGGAUGUAUCUACGAUGAUACGGUGUGGGCAAAAGACCAUAAUCUUCCUCAUCAACAACGGAGGCUACUCAAUUGAGGUGGAGAUUCACGAUGGUCCUUACAAUGUCAUAAAGAACUGGAACUAUACAGCUUUUGUCGAUGCCAUCCACAAUGGAGAAGGAAAAUGCUGGACUGCCAAGGUGAGAUGCGAGGAGGAGCUUGUGAAAGCGAUCAACACGGCAACCAAUGAGGAAAAAGAUAGCUUUUGUUUUAUUGAAGUGAUAGUGCACAAAGACGAUACAAGCAAGGAACUUUUGGAGUGGGGCUCUAGAGUCUCUGCUGCUAACAGUCGUCCCCCAAAUCCUCAGUAUUCCUCUUCUGGCGUGCAAUUUGCUUUUUACCUAUCGAAGAUCUCGUCUGCCGCAUCGCUUCUUAGUAACUCAAACCGAUCCGUGAGGAACUUCUCGGCUCUCUGGUUGUUUCGAGUGUGCUCUGCCUCCACUCGGUGGAGUCAUGGCGCUAAUUGGCGGUUGCAUGCGAGCCUCCGGGCGCAAACCCGGAUUGCUGCUCCGAUAUUAGAGAAAUCUGAACGGAAAUUCGCUACCAUUGCUUCUGAACAUGCCUACAAGGAUAGCUUAACAACGCUUCACAAUCCUGAUGGUGGAGAAUAUGGAAACUUCUACUCUUUACCUGCUUUAAACGAUCCAAGAAUCGAUAGCUUACCGUACUCUGUCCGGAUACUGCUGGAAUCAGCUAUUCGUAAUUGUGACAACUUUCACAUCACAAAGGAUGAUGUUGAGAAAAUAAUAGAUUGGGAGAAUACAUCUGUUAAUAAAGUUGAGAUCCCCUUCAAACCUGCCCGUGUCAUUCUACAGGAUUUUACUGGAGUAUCAGUUAUAGUUGAUCUUGCUGCUAUGAGGGAUGCCAUGAAGAGUCUUGGUAGUGAUCCUAACAAGAUCAAUCCACGGGUUAGUCAACUGUUUCAUCACUUUGAUGCUGUGGUUCCUGUUGAUCUUGUGUUUGAUCACUCCGUCCAAGUUCAUGUUGCAAGACAAAAAAGAGACCUGCGGAAAGGUAUGCAGCUAGAAUCUGACAUCAAUUCUGAAAGGUUUAUAUUCCUUAAGUGGGGAUCAUCUGCCUUUUACAACAUGGUGAUGGCUUCUCCGAGGUCUCGUAAUGAUCAUCAGGUAGACUUAGAAUACCUAGGAAGUGUUGCUUUUAACUCGGAUGGAUUUCUCUACCCUGACAGUGUUGUAGGUACAUUUUUUAACACAACAAUGAUUGGUGGGUUAGGAGUUGCUGGGUGGGAAGUAGGAGAAAUUGAGGCAGAAGCAGCAAUACUUGGUCAGCCCAUUAGCGUGGUACUACCUAGUGUGGUUGGAUUUAAGCUGGCUGGAAAGUUGCGGGUUGGUGUUACUAUUACUGAUUUGGUUCGAACCGUGACUCAAAUGUUGAGGAAGCAUGGUGUUUUUGGCAAUAUUGUUGAAUUUUAUGGAGAGGGGAUGAGUAGGCUGUCACUGAAUGCUAGAGCAGCGAUUGCAAACAUGUCCACGGAAUAUGAGGCAACAAUGUGCUUCUUCCCUGUUGACCAUGUUACACUUGAGUACCUCAAAUUGAAGGGAAGAAGUAAUGAAACUGUGACAAUGACAGAAUCAUACUUGCGUGCAAACAAGAUGUUUGUUGACUACAAUGAGCCCCAGGAAGAAAGAGCAUAUACAUCCUGUCUGAAAUUGGAUUUGGGAGAUGUUGAACCAUGUAUUUCUGGUCCAAAACGGUCUUGCGACCAAAGUUUCUUGAAAGACAUGAAGGUUGACUGGAAGGCAUGCCUUGACAAUCCUCUUGGAAUAAAGGGGUUUGCAGUCCCAAAUGAACAACAAGAUAAAAUUGUUAAGUUCUCGUACGACGGAGAACCUGCUGAGCUUAAACACGGUAGUGUUGUUUUGGCGACCAUUACAAGUGAUUGUGCUAUAUCAAGCCCUAGUGACAUGGUUGGUGCUGCACUUGUUGCUAAAAAGGCUUAUGACCUUGGCCUGGAAGUAAAACCAUGGAUUAGGACAAUUGUAACUCCUGCUUCUGGAGUAGUCGAGGAAUGUUUGCGUGAAAGUGGGAUUAAAAUGUACUUGGCGAAACAAGGAUUCAACGGAAGCAUUUGGGGAUCUGAUGACUUACUUGAUAAGCCAAUUGCAUCUGCUAUUUCAGAAAAUGAUAUAAUUGCGGCUGUUGUGUUCUCUAGUAGGCGAGGCUAUUAUAGUUCUAAUGGAUUAACAAGAGCGAGAUAUAUUACUUCGCCACAACUAGUUGUUGCUUACGCGCUUUCUGGAACGGUUAACAUCGACUUUGAGAAAGAGCCAAUGGGAACAAACAAAGAUGGAAAAAAUGUGUAUUUAAGGGACAUAUGGCCAAGCAGUGAAGAAGUUAAGGCUUUUCAAAAUAUGGUGUUACAAAGCAUGUUCAUGAGCACUUACAAGACAAUGACAAAGAGAAAUUCUGUGUCAUUAAAUUCAGCACUCUAUUCUUGGGAUUCAAACUCAACAUACAUUCAUGAACCUCCUUUUUUCAAGAAUAUGUCCACAAAUCCACCUGGUCCCCGUGAAGUGAAGGAUGCUUAUUGCUUAUUGAACUUUGGAGACAACAUAACCACAAACAGCAUUUCCCCAGCAGGAACUAUCCACGAGGAUAGUCCUGCUGCAAAGUUUCUCAUAGAACGGUAUUCGAUGUGUCGGUAUGAUUUCAAUUCAUAUGGAAGUCGUCGAGGAAACCAUGAGGUAAUGAAACGCGGCACCUUUGCCAGUACGCAUAUUGUAAACAAGCUCUUAAAUGGAGAAGUUGGCCCCAAGACAGUUCACAUUCCUACAGGAGAGAAAAUUUGCAUUUAUGAUGCAGCAAGUAGAUACAAGACCGCUGGACAGGAUACGAUCAUACUAGCUGGUGAAGGGUAUGGAAGUGGUAGCUCUCGGGAUUGGGCUGCAAAGGGUCCAUUGCUUCUGGGAGUGAAAGCUAUCAUUGCCAAGAGCUUUAAUAGAGUCCACCGCAGCAACUUGGCUAGUAUAGGGAUUGUUCCUCUGUGUUUCAAGUCCGGUGAGGAUGCAGAAACCCUUGGACUAACUGGCCAUGAACGCUACACAAUCCACCUUCCUAGCAAUGUCAAUGAGAUAAAACCAGGCCAGGACAUAACUGUGACCACUGACACUGCUAAAUCUUUUGUCUGCACUUUGCGGUUAGACACAGAGGUGGAAUUGGCAUACUAUAAUCAUGGUGGUAUGCUUUCGUAUAUCAUUCGAAGCUUGAGCAAUGAGUGAGUGAGUUUGCUGUUCCAUGGUGCAAAGGUGUUGUUUAUAUCACAAUUUUCGUCUAAAAAUAAAAGUAUCGAACAAUU